AUGUCCAUCAAGUUCCGUGAAGAGCCGCGGGGCGAGUUAGAGCUCAAAUUGGGAGGAACGCAAGUCCUUCGCCGGAAGAACAGGCCAGUGCUGCAGAAAGAUGAGCCGAAGAUGGCAUUCUCAGCGGAGCCGGUUCGCAACCUGGGCGGCCGUGGAUGCUGGUUCGAGAUCCGCGUAGACGUUUUCGCCGGAGGGGAGAUGUGCGUCAUGGGUUUGGGCUUCACCGCCACCGACCCGGAGACCCUUAUCAACACCGCGGAGGGCGAGGCGCCGCCUUUGCCUGGCUGCGCGGGGGACAUCCCUCGCACCUUCGUUGCGGGGUACGGCCGGUCGCUUUACUGGAAUGGCGAGCGCAUUGAGAUUGAGCCGGUCUUCGCGAAGCUGAAGCCGGCGCAAGCAUUCACUGUGGGAGCCUUAGCAAACCUCGACGGCGGCCUGGAGCUCUUCAUCAACCGGAGGCUAGUCUACACAUUCUCGCCUGAGGCGAAUGUGAAGGCGCCGAUCGAAGUGGAUGCGCCACUGUGGGCAGUCGUAGACUGCAGUGGCGGUCUGAAGAAGGCCUCGCUGAUCCCGGACUCCGUCCUCCCGACUCCCGAGGAGGCGGCUCUCGGGGAGGAGGACGAGAAAGUCCCGGACACCGCUGCAGAGGCGGAGGCCGGCGAGCCUAUCGCAGAGGCGGGGGACGCCGCGUGA